AUGCAAGUAUGUCAUGGGCCAGCAGCGGAGAAGGUCAACGCUCAGCCUAGGAAGAGACCACUAGAAGCUGUCAACUCAAACUCGGACACGCCACAGCCAUCCAAGAAGGCUCGAGUCGAUUCGGUCUGGUCGGACGAAGUCGUCAUGUUGAAAUCCGGAAAAGAGGCGGUAAGAAGCACGGGUCCGGAGUUGCGACAGCCCUCCAAGACAGGUGAAGAGCCGGCCCAGAGGGCCCAAGUCGAUCUGGGCGAGUUGGGCGAAGCCUCUACUUUGAACCCUGAACAAGAAGAUAGAUUGGCAAAACCCUUGGGUGUUGAUCAUCUCAACAUUGAUGAAGCUGGAAGUCCCGUCUGCGAUUCUCUGGCGCCAACCUUCGGCAGUCUACCCGACCCUCUUGCCCCUUACUGGUUCAAUAAGCCAUCAACUACCUAUGAUUUCACCGGUUUAGACGACGUGUCUACCCAAAUUUAUCUCCACCAGCUGGCUACGGACCUCUGUCGCGGUGAUUCAUUGGAAGCUUGCUACGACGACUCGACUGUCUUGAAUUGA